ACAACCACAUACGAUCUUCAUCGUCUUGGUUGCUUGGAAUUCAUCCAUGAUGGGUCUACAGCUCCCAUCUGUGAUCUUGUUGCUUCUUUGCAUUUGCAGCAAUGCAUCUCAUAACAUGCAGGAUGUUCUGAGCAGGGACAGCUUCCCAAAAGGAUUUGUGUUUGGCGCUGCAUCCUCUGCUUAUCAGUAUGAAGGUGCAGCUAGAGAAGAUGGAAGACAACCCAGCAUUUGGGAUGUUUACGCGCAUAUCCCUGGCAAGAUAGUGGAUAAAAGCACAGCAGAUGUUGCCAGCGAUCAGUACCAUCGCUACAAGGAAGACAUUUCCUUGCUUCAUAGCUUGAAUGCAGAUGCAUACAGGCUCUCCAUUGCUUGGUCUCGCAUGUUUCCUGAUGGCACUCAGCACGUCAAUCCAAAGGCAAUCGCGCACUACAACAACGUUAUCGAUGCACUCCUUAACAAAGGCUUGAAACCAUAUGUGACACUCUUCCACUGGGACGUUCCCUACGCGCUGGAAAAAUCUUAUGGAGGAUUCUUGAGCCCCCAAAUUGUGGUUGACUUUGGAGUUUACGCGGAGGCAUGUUUCAAAGCAUUUGGCGACCGAGUCAAGGACUGGAUCACACUCAACGAGCCCCACGCUUUCGCUUUCUAUGGCUAUGGUGUCGGUCUGCUUGCUCCCGGAAGAUGCUCCCCGGAGAUUGGAAACUGUACGGGCGGUGACUCGUCGACGGAGCCGUACGCUGUCACUCACCAUUUGCUCCUCGCCCAUGCAAAAGCAACAGAGAUCUACACCAAACGUUACAAGGCUAGCCAGAAAGGCACAAUUGGUAUCACACUCGAUUCAAAAUGGCUGGAACCCGUGUCUAGCUCCAAGAAAGACAAAGCUGCAGCAGAAAGAGCCAUGGAAUUCGAACUUGGAUGUAUGCUGCAUCCUGUCACGUAUGGAGAGUACCCACCAGCAAUGACCUCCAAAGCAGGAAGCAGGCUGCCAAAGUUCACAGCCGAGCAGAAGAAAUGGCUGAAGGGCUCGUGUGAUUUCAUUGGCAUCAAUCACUACUUCAGCGUCUACGUAAAAGACAAGCCAAAUAACAUUCGUGUUAAAGGAGACCUCCUCAGCUCGCCCCAAACAAUCUACCAAAAUGCUUACUACAAAGAUGUUGACUAUGCAUUUCUAGAUAGAAAGAAUGGCAAGCUGAUAGGGAGGAACGUCAAUAGUUUCUUUGUUGUUCCUUUUGGGAUCAGGAAGAAGAAUAAAAAUCUUUGCUGCUCAUCAGCUCAAAAGAGCAUAAUUUGCAUCGCAGGGAUCAGUGAUAUUACAAAUAGUUCAAAUACUUUAGCACAGCAGCUGGAUGAUCAGACCAGGAUCGACUAUUUAAAAGCGUACUUAACAAACCUUGUAGGAGCAAUACGGGAUGGAUGCCGUGUCCAAGCAUACUUCGUGUGGAGUUUCCUUGACAAUUGGGAAUGGAUAUCGGGAUUUACUGUGCGCAUGGGAAUUAUUCACAUUCAGUAUGACAACAAUCUAAAGCGCAUUCCCAAAAAAUCAGCCCACUGGUAUGCUAAGUUUCUUAAGAAGAAGCACUAAUCACAAGGCUAUCACAAAUACCCACACUCGUACCUCGAAAAACGUGUAUUAUUACUAAGAUCCAAAGCUUUCAUGGAGGAAAUAAAGGAGGUCUAGAGGGCA